AUGUUUUAUUCUUUUCUAAUUCUUCUAAUUCUGUUCAUCAUCAAUCUAUCUAUCUAUCUAUCUAUCUAUCUAUCUAUCUAUCUAUCUAUCUAUCUCAGUCUGUUCAUCAUCAAUCUAUCUAUCUAUCUAUCUAUCUAUCUAUCUCAGUCUGUUCAUCAUCAAUCUAUCUAUCUAUCUAUCUAUCUAUCUAUCUAUCUAUCUAUCUAUCUAUCUCAGUCUGUUCAUAAUCUAUCAAGCUAUCGAUCUAUCUAUAUAAUUUCUUUUCGUUAUCUAUGUAUAUAUCUAUCUCAGUCUCUUCAAAUCUAUCUAUCUCAGUUUCUACAUAUUUAUAUAUCUAUCUAUCUAUUUAUCUAUCUAUCUAUCUAUCUAUCCCAGUCUGUUCAUAUCUAUAUCUAUCUAAUCUCUGUUAAUUAUCUAUCUAUCUAUCUAUCUAUCUAUCUAUCUAUCUAUCUAUCUAUCUAUCUCAGUCUUUUCAUAUCUAUAUAUAUCUAUCUAAUCUAUGUUAAUUAUCUGUCUAUCUAUCUAUCUAUCUAUCUAUCUAUCUAUCUAUCUAUCUCAGUCCUUUCAUAUCUAUAUAUCUAUCUAAUCUAUGUUAAUUAUCUAUCUAUCUAUCUAUCUAUCUAUCUCAUCUUUUCAUAUCUAUAUAUCUAUCUUAUCUAUCUAUCUAUCUAUCUAUCUUUCUAUCUAUCUAUCUCAGUCUUUUCAUAUCUAUAUAUCUAUCUAAUCUAUGUUAAUUAUCUAUCUAUCUAUCUAUCUAUCUAUCUAUCUAUCUAUCUAUCUAUCUAUCUAUCUUCUAGAACAUAUUCUUCUAAUGCUUCUAUUUCUAAUUUUUCUUCUUCAUCAUCUUUAUAA